AUGGCAGCAACAGCAACAGCUGCCUCGACCUCGGCAAUCCCCGAGAUUACCAUUCUCAAGCGCCACCGCGAAGAUUUGCCGCUGGCCCAGAACAAGUUCCUCAAGAAGACAGCAAAGGGCAAGGUCCUCCAGUUCCUUCGUGAACGCUACGUCCGUGACGACAUUCCCUGUGGUUUUUCUGCGUGCGCUCUCUGUAAUGAGUUCCCGGGCUACCGCGCCGUGCUUCCCCAGCGCGGCUACGCGCGCCAUUCCAAGUUCACUGGCAAGAAUGGCCACUGGCUCGUGAUUGACACCAACGUUGUGCUCCACCAGAUGGACUUGUUGACGGCGCUGCCGCCCCAGCUUCCCAUUAUUGUUCCCUCCACCGUCAUCCGCGAGACGCGCCACCGCUCCCUGCCCUUGUUCAACCGCCUGCAGCAGCUCGUCCUGGACGAGGACCGCUGUGUGUGGGUGUGGUGGAACGAGGAGAGGCGUGAGACUGCGACAUUUGGUGUUGAGGAGAAUGAAGUGGUCAACGACCGCAACGAUAGGGCAAUCCGCCAGACUCUCCACUUCUACCCCAAGCACCUGUCCGAGUCGGCCCAUGAGGCACCCGACCUUAUCCUCCUUACCGAUGACCGUCGGAACCGCGAGCUCGCAAAUGCCGAGGGUCUCAUUGCCACCAGUACCCGUGACUAUGUCGACGGCCUCCAAGGCGAGGUUCGCGACCGCCUCGUCGACCUUGUUGUUGGUGGUGUCGAUGAACGCGAGCCGACCGACCGUCGCGCAAGGCGCAUUUACGAUGAGGAGACGUUGAACGUUGGUGUCAAGAGCGGACGUUUCCUCCAGGGCCAUUUCAAUGCCGACCAGUACAACUACUUGGAGGGCACUGUCCGUUGCCACGGCAUGAGCAAGCCUGUUCUCCUCGUCGGUCGCCAGGCCAUGAACCGUUCGGUGGACGGUGACCUCGUUGCUGUUGAGCUCCUUCCCAAGGAGGAGUGGAAGGCGCCAGGCGAUGAGGUUCUUGACCAGGACAUUGCGCUCAAGGACGACGAUGUCGAGGGUGACGAGGGCGCUGAUAGCGAGGCUAUCAAGGAGAAGGAGGAGCGCAUGGAUACCGCCGAGGUCACCAAGAAGGCCCCCAAGGAGGUCCUCCCCACCGGCCGUGUGGUCGGCAUCAUGAAGCGCAACUGGCGUGCGUACGUCUGCCACAUUGACCGCUCGUCGCUCUCCGAGGCCGCCCUCACCUCGCUCUCGCAGCAGACCAUCUUUGCCACUCCCCUCUCGCGCGCUCUGCCUCGCAUCAGGUUGCGCACUCGCCAGGCCCCGGCUCUUCUUGACCAGAAGAUUCUCGUCAACAUUGACUCGUGGUCGGUCAACUCGCGUUACCCCGACGGCCACUUUGUCCGUGCCCUGGGCAAGGUUGAGAGCAAGGAGGCCGAGCAAGAGUCGCUCCUCCUCGAGUAUGAGGUUCCCUACCGUCCCUUUGGCAAGGCCAUCCUUAACUGUCUCCCCAAGGAGGGCGACAGCUGGGUGGUCCCGGAGAAGAAGCCCGAGAACCUCGAGUGGCGCGACCGCGAGGACCUGCGUGAUCUUCUCAUCUGCAGUAUCGACCCCCCAGGAUGCCAGGACAUUGACGACGCCCUCCACGCCCGUGUGCUGCCCAACGGCAACAUUGAGGCCGGUGUGCACAUUGCCGACGUCUCGCACUUUGUCCACGCGGACAACCCCAUGGACUCGGAGGCCGCUUCGCGUGGUACGACCGUCUACCUCGUUGACAAGCGUAUCGAUAUGCUUCCCGAGCUUCUCGGUACCAACCUGUGCUCGCUUCGUCCGUUCGUGGAGCGCUUGGCGUUCUCCGUCAUUUGGGAACUCUCGCCUGAUGCCAAGAUUGUCAAUGUGCGCUUCACAAAGUCGGUCAUUGCGUCCAAGGAGGCCUUUACCUACGCCGCUGCUCAGCAGCGCAAGGACGACAAGGCGUUGAAGGACCCCCUCACCGACUCUAUCCGUCUGCUCAACAGCCUCGCCAUCAAGCUCAAGGCCGGGCGCAUUGCCGCGGGAGCGCUGUCUCUGUCAUCGCCCGAGCUCAAGAUCCACCUGAACUCGACCGAGUCGACCGCGCCCAUCGACGUUGAGCAGAAGGAGCAGCUCGAGACCAACUCGCUUGUCGAGGAGUUUAUGCUUCUCGCCAACAUUAGUGUCGCCAGGAAGAUCCAGGAGGCGUACCCGGCCACUGCAGUUCUGCGUCGCCACGCCCCGCCUCCCAAGACCAACUUUGAGGCGCUGCAGGACAUUCUCCAGAAGCGCAAGGGCAUGACUCUAGAUGUGUCGAGCUCCAAGGCACUCGCCGACUCGCUCGACCUGUGCAUCGACCCCGAGCUGCCCGAGUUCAACACCCUCGUGCGUAUCAUGGCCACGCGCUGCAUGCUUGCUGCCGAGUACUUUGGCUCUGGCAGCGUGUCCAAGGAGGCAUAUGGACACUACGGUCUUGCAUCUGAGAUUUACACCCAUUUCACUUCGCCCAUUCGUCGUUACGCCGACGUCCUCGUCCAUCGCCAGCUGUCCGCCGCCAUCAACUACACGCCUCUGCACCCGACGCUCCAGUCCAAGCAGCACGUCGAGCGCGCGCUCAACGUCGUCAACAAGCGCCACCGCCUGGCGCAGAUGGCGUCCCGCGCCUCGGUCGAGUUUUACGUCGGCCUCGCACUCAAGUCGCGUACCGAGGGUACGACCAACAACGCCGUCCGCGAGGAGGCGUUUGUCAUCAGGACGUUCCGUAACGGUCUGGCCGUGUUUGUGUCCAAGCUCGGUCUCGAGGGUCUCAUCACUUUCAAGCACGACACGCACGAGUUUGACCCCGAAAACUACCUCAUCAACGUGCCCACGCCCAACGGUGGCUCCAAGCAGAUUGCGGUGUUUGACCGUGUCAAGGUGGAUAUCUCGAUUGAGAAGGACCCCAACACCCAGCGUGGAAAGGUGGUCAUGACGCUUGUGGAGCCUGUUAGCUCUGUGGGCCUUUAG